CCGUUUGUACUUUGUAUACUUGAAUUGUUUUGACUUGAGAUUUUAUACGACGACAAAAAAUGUAUUCUAUAUAACCAAGAAAAUAGUGAUCUAUAUAGAUAAUUAAAAUGAGUAAUUUUGAAUUUAAUAUCCCAUUAAAAAAGGAUGAAUUAUUGGAAUGUCAUGCCGGACAGUAUCAUGUUGAAGAUGUAGUACAACCGAGAUUGCUUUUAUCCAAAUUUCAAGAUGCUGCCCGUGCUUAUAAUUCGGAUGGAGUUGAUUAUAUACUUGAACACUUUGAUACUUAUUUUUCAAUAAUAGUGCAUGGGACUAAACUUGAAUGGAAUGUUAUUAAUAAAGGGUAUGAGCACAUACUGCGAACUGUUAAAGCUUUGUGUACUUUCUUGGAGCCUAUUCUUCAAGAAAAAGAAAUUGAAAGUGAUGUUCGUACUAAAUACUUGAAUGUUGUAAAGAUGACCAUGUAUUUAUUUACUCAAAUAAUAAAAACCAAAGAUGCUAAAUUAACAGCUGAUAAUUCCACAAAACUAACAUUGGGGAAAAAAGGUAAAAAAACAGCUGAAGAAGAUGAUUUAUGUGGAUGGACAGAAUCAGAUAAAUUAAAUUCUUUGAUCUCCCUGCACCAACUAUUGCAACAACCAUUGUCACGUCUAUGGGACCCACCACUAGCUGAGGAUAAUUUUGUUUCUAUGGUGGUGGAGCCUUGUUAUGGGGCACUGGAAAAUCAAAUUAUAAAAACAAAAACUGUCAGGGAAACUGUAUUUCAAAUUCUAGGAGUCUUGAUUAAGAAAUAUAACCAUGGAACUGCAUGCAUUAUUAAAUUAGUUCAGAUUUUACAAAUGGUUGAGCAUUCAAUUUCACCAAUAUGUGCAGGUGUUGUUCAGUUGACAAAAGAUUUUAACCUCGGAACUUUUGGCCCACAAAUGGUGCGUGAAAUAGCUGAGGCUUUGGCCUCUUCUGAAGAAGAGAACAGUGCAGGUACUGAGCAGGGAGCCGCCAGGAAUUGUGGUGCCUUUUUAUUAGAAUUAACCAAAGAGCUUCCUAAAGAAAUGACAGGGGCUAUGGCAACAAUUCAACCCUAUCUAGAGAGUGAUGAGUCGUACACAUUGCGAAUCAGUGUUCUCGGAAUGAUGUGUGAGAUACUUAGUGUGGAGUUGAGUGGUGAAGGACUUAGUGAUGAACAAAGGAUUCAAAGAGAUGAUUUCUUGGAUGACCUUUAUGAACAUAUGCAUGAUCUUUCUGCAUAUGUGCGACAUAAGGUUCUUCAAUUCUGGAGUCGAUUGCAAAAGCAGAACUGUGUCCCUGUGGCACGUCAGCAGAUUGUUUUGGAGAGAGCUAUUGGUAGACUUUGUGAUAAAGCUGCUCUUGUAAGAAAAGCUGCCAUACAGCUUCUUAAGACAUUCUUGGAGUAUAAUCCCUUUUCUGGCCAUCUCAAAUUAGAAGUUUUAGAAGAGCAAUUAGCAAAAGAAUUAAAAAUAUUAGAAGAUCUUCAAAAGAAAUUAAACCCAGGUCCUGAUCCUGAGCUUGUAAAAAAAUGGGAAAAAGUAGAAAAAGAUGUAGUUAAAACAAUAAAGGAGAAAAUGGACACACUGACUCAAGAUGAACCAGAACUGUCCCAGGCCACUGUUGAAAACUUAUAUGAGUCAAUAAGGCAAAGUUUACGAGAUAAAAAUUAUUACAAGGCAUUCUUAAUUGUCAAACACACAGAAAGAAUGUAUCCUGAUGCAAAGUUAUUAAGAUGUGACAUGCCCAAAAGUCAUCAGAUUGAAUACUUUGUAGCAUUAUUAAGAAAUAUAUUCAUCAUACCAGACCGCAGGCAAUCAAUGUCUCUAACACAACAAUGUGAAAAUGAAUUAGCAUUACAGAAACGAUUAGAAGAAAAAGAGGGUGUAGUUGCUUUCCUACAAGAGUCAGCUAACUUCAGUAGAACAAUGUCUGAGGCAGUGCCUUUGAUAAACUCUUUGUUGAUGUCGAAACAAGCUGGUGAUGUCAGUGAAGCGAUUGACUUCUUUACGGCGGCUCAUCAUUUCAAAAUAGAAUCCGCCAAAAUUGGUGUGGCCAAUAUGUUAAUGCUUGUAUGGUCACCAGAUCAAGACAAGCGCGAAGCAGUAGAGCGCGCAUACCGCACGAUGUACCUGGAGUGCGCGAACUUGCCGGAGCGCACGUGCGCGUUCACGGUCGCGCAGAGCCUCGUGGCGCUGGCGGCGCGCGUGGACCGCGGCAGCGCGCUCGCACUCGAACACCUCGUGGACAAGUGGGUGGCCAAGGGCGAUAUCACGCCCGCUCAUAUACAGGUUUUCUGGGAAAUGUUUUUGAAAAAGAUUAAUGGAACCACCGACAUGGAUAGCUAUGCCGCUUUAUCGUUUCUGGUCAUGAUAGCGAAAGCUAAGCCCUCUGUGGCUCUUGCAAAUUUAGAAGUCAUUCAAUCGUAUGGCCUGACUGGGGAUUACAAUUCAAGAAAUUUGAGCGCUCAGUUGUUGAUGGCGCUCUCCAAGAAAGGACAGAGAUAUCCUCCUGAUCAUGCUAUAUUCACAACUUUAUUUGAUAGUCUAAUGGAAACAUAUAUAAAAUUUAAUAAAUUUGUAUCAUUUGCUGCAAAUUCCAUAGACUUGAUUUAUGCAAUCUGUGAUAUUCCCGAUGUGGUGUGUGUUAAGAUUUUGGCCGAAAUGUAUAAAAAGCUUGAAGAGAAUAUGGAAAACGAUGGUGAGGAAGAAUCCAGCAUGCCCACGGAACUGUUAACUAGGUUCAUAUUUGUGCUUGGACAUGUGGCCUUGCAACAACUUAUAUAUCUGGAUAUUAACGUCUAUAGUGAAUUGCGUAGGCGCAACCAGGUGCGUGAAGAAAGAAAAGCGGAAGAGAAGAAAAAGAAGAAGAUAGGUGCGUUUGCAACACCCCUUCGGCGCGGGCGCGCGGACGAUCUGCGGCGACAGACGCUCAUGAACGUGAGCAACGCGAGCGCGUCCUCGCGCGGCCAGAGAGCGGCCAGCGUCACUUCCAGCAAACAGACUUCGGCGAACACGACAAUGACAGAGGACGAGGCGGGGCUGGAGGGCGCGGUGGCGGACGACGCCGACGCGGAGUACGUGCGCGGCGUGUGCGAGCGCGACGUCGCCGCGCCGGGCACCGCGCUGGCGCGCUACGUGCCGCUGCUGCGCCACCUGCUGGCCGCCGCGCCGCGCUGCCCGCCCGCGCUGCAGGCCGCCGCCGCGCUCGCGCUCACCAGGUUCAUGUUAGUCUCGAGUUCUGUAUGUGAGGAUGGUUUACAAUUAAUGGUCACCAUUUUGAAAAGAUCUAAGAAUGUCUCAAUGAGAACAAAUUUAACCAUCGCUUUUGCUGAUCUCACACUGCGUUUUCCAAAUCUUACUCAGCCAUGGACACAUCACAUCUACCACAUUUUAAGCGACGAAGAAUUAGAAGUUCGUCAGUGCGCUGUUAAAAUGCUCUCAUUUUUGGUUUUACACGAAAUGGUGCGAGUGAAAGGUCAGAUCGCAGACAUGGCGCUGUGUUGCGCCGACAAGGACCCGAACGUUGCAUCCAUGACGAAAUUAUUCUUUAAACAAUUGUCCCAGAAAGGGAACGCAUUGUAUAAUGUAAUGCCGGAUAUAAUAUCGCGAUUGAGCGAUCCUGAACUGAAUGUACCUGAGGAACAAUAUAGGAUAAUCAUGAAGUUUAUAACAUCUCUAAUACAGAAAGACAGACAGAUGGAAGCACUUGUUGAGAAGUUAUGCCAAAGGUUUAAACUAUCUACUGAAGAACGACAAUGGCGAGAUCUUGCGUAUUGCCUCUCACUUUUCACGUAUAACGAACGAUCUCUUAAGAAACUUAUUGAAAAUCUAGACUGCUAUAAGGAUAAGCUGCAUUGUAAAGGAGUAAUGGACUCAUUUACUACACUCAUGAAUAAUACUUCAAAAAUGGCUAAAAAUGAGAUAAAGACUCUAGUAACAGAAUUGGGCGACAAGAUAGAAGAGUGUUUUGCAGUCCGAGAGAACGAAGAAGGUGAAACAGAACAAACUAACGGCGAAGAGAUGGAAAAAGACGACGCUCCCAAAGCGACGCCACGGCGAAAAGCAGCAGCUCCAAGACGACAGAGAGUGCGGUCUGAGAGUCCUGACGAGAAUGAACCUCCCAACAGAGAAAAUAUAUCUCAUUCCGUAAGAAAAUCUAAAAGGAAAGUCACUCAGAGAACUAGAACUGCCACUAAUGAAUCAGAUGAGUCAGAUGAUGAAGAUUUUGAAAAGAAAGAGGAAGAAGUUUUCAAAAAACCCGCAACAAGAAAGGGGUCUAGAAGAAGAAAUUAAUAUCUAAUUUAUUUUAAACAUUUUAAAUAUAAGAAAAAAU